AUGGGAGAUCUGCUGGGUACGACUGUUGGAGGACUCAUUUUUAUGCCAAUGUAUUUCACGAUGAUCUCCCCGUGGAUAGUUUAUGUGAUUGUUGUGAAAGGCGAAAAGAAACGUGUCGAUCAAACAAAGGAAUUGAUUGAUUUGGGAGCGCAGGCGAGGAGGGUUUAUUUUGAUACGCUUCGAUCGCAAUGGGAAGUCAAGGCGACUCCCAUUCAGAGACCAAAGGUCCAUCACUUUGUGCGUUGCUUCCGAAAAGUUCACUCCGUCUCCGAAAUAAUAACAAUGACACUGUUUAGCAAGAGA